AUGAAACAUUUUGGUGGCAAAGCUCCUCAUAGACUCACACCAUAUGUGGAAGUUUUACAAACCCGUGUAAAUAAAGUUAACAAAGCCACUGUUUGUAAAGCUUGCAUAGAAAAAUUAGGAAGAGAAAUAGCAAUUGAAAGGUCUAUUUUUACUAAUACAAAGGCUUGUACUAAAGUACAUUUAAAAAAAUGUCAAAAUUUUUUUGAAAAAUAUACUGAGGAAGAAAGAAAUGAAAUUCUCUAUGGGUCAGAUGAUGAAAGUCAGGAAAUAAAUACGAUUGUAUCUACAAAUUCGGCUACAAGUUUAUCUACAAAUUCAAGUUUUAUUUCUACUGCUUCUGAACCAACAACUAAAACAACUAAAACAACUAAAACACAUCCUAUACGGCAUACAAAAUCUCGACCAUCAAAAGGUUUAAUAGAUAAUCACCUUCUUCGAGAUUUAAAUCCAGCUGAGUAUAUAGUUUUUGAACGACACCUUUUAAAGUCUACAAUUAGUAAUGGAUGGGCAUUUAGAUGGAUUGAAAAUCCUGAGAUU